AUGAGUCGUGAUGACAACAACUUAGAGGAGGGCGUGAUCCCCAACCGAGCCAACCCAGCCGCAGCCAGACCAGGCUCAUCUCCUGCAUCGCGAUCUGCCUGCCGAUGGAUCCUUGCCUUCAUCUGCAUGUACGACAGCCCGGAACGGCUACAGGUGCACUACCCGCCCCGCUUCAAAGUCUUGUUGACCGUGGUUGUGAUCAUGGCGGCUGCGUGGGUCACAAACUUCUUCAUCAGCGUGCAUCCGUUGCUAGAGGAGAACGAUGAUCCACCGGAGUGCAAGUACGCGCUGAAUCAGCUCAAGUACAAUGCACGUGUCCUAUUCGUGUACUUCGUGUGGUUCAGCAUCGCGCGGGCAUCGCUGUUUGUGCCGUGCGUGCUGGCACGUGUAGCCACUGUUCAAUCGCGGACUCACGGGUUCUGCCGAACGUACUGCGUGCACCUUCUCAUACGAGAUGGUCCAAUCUACAUCUUCGUGGUUGGUUCGGUGCUUUUCUGGUUCAACAUUCUACGCUCACCGAGCUGCGAAGACAGGAGUCCAGAGCUGUAUUCCAGGCUGAAGAUGUACGCGGUUUGUUCCUGUCUGUUAGCUUUCGCUUGCAUUGUCGAAGUCUAUUGGCACAACAAGCUGAUUACGAACACCUUGGAGUUCUACUCUGCUUGGGUGCCGGAGGUUUCGCGCCGAGCACCUCCAGACACAUUGGAGAAGCUCGAGACCCGGAGGUAUGAGGAGCAUGCUUUUGGAGACGAGGAGGGGAAGCAGUAUCCUUCGGAGUGCGCGAUCUGCUUGGGCAGCUGGGAAUCAGAAGAUGUGAUCAAGGUGACUCCUUGUGGACACGCUUUUCACCAGGAGUGCAUUGGUGGUUGGCUGCAAUCCGCACGCACUUGCGCACUUUGCCGGAAGGACCUUGUGGUGCUGACAGCGGAAGGCAGCCAUAGGCAGCCGGAGAUAUUGGGGAACAGCCCGGAUUUGGUGAAGCCCUCGGGUACAGAGGGAGACUUCCACGGCAAGUUGGAAACUAGCGUCCUUCCUCCAAGGAAGAUCUGUUUCAACGUAGGAGGAUUGCUCAGCUCGCUUGAGGACAGUAUGGCUAGGUACACCUUGGUGACAGAAGCUGGUGAGCAGAAGACUUCCAUCGGUUUUACAGGCAAGGCAACAGCAAACUACGCCAAUGGAGACAUUUACGAGGGCUUGUUCGAGAACGGCAUAAGACAUGGCCAAGGAACGUACACGUACCUGAAGGGAGACGUCUUUUCCGGGACCUUCGACAACAACCAGAAAACUGGUUUGGGCAGAAUCGUGUACAAGAAGGGUGGCUACUACCACGGGCACUUCAAAGGUGGCAAGCGCGAGGGUGAGGGCACCUUUCAGUAUGCAAACGGUGACAUUUUCUCCGGUUACUGGAAGGAUGGCAAGAAGCAUGGAUCCGGAACGUAUGUGUUCAACAAAACCAAGUACGAGUACAAGGGCGAAUGGAAGGAUGGGCAGAUCUCAACAGGAACGUGGACGCUCACCGUUGAUGGCACGCAGUACCAGGGAACCUUCCAGAGCCAGCUGCCAAGUACCAUCGUGGAAGGAUCCUAUGUGCAGCAGGUGGUGCCAUUGGACUCAGAGGAUGACAGUUUGUGCUUGCUGAAUCUCUACGGGCCACCAGCUCCAGCCAAUGGGCAAACGAGGAUUGCAGGUGGCAGUCAAGAAGUGCAUCAAGCGGUGGAUGAGAUCAACGCACAGGCUGUCGAGCUUGAAGAAGCAAUGAUGCAAGAGGCCAUGUACCAAAGCCUGGUAAACGUUCCCGUCGCGGAGGGGCAUGAGGAUCCGGACUUGCAGGCGGCGAUCCAGCAGAGCAUGCGCCCGCAAGCGCCGCCUGAGCCUGCUCCAACGGAGGAGUCGAUGCGAUUGCAGCGGCUGCUGGACAGCUUGGGCAUGAAACGGAUUGAUGUCGGAUCCACAAACCUGAGCGAAGACGGAGCACUCCUGAGCAAUCAGUGCUUUUACCUUGCAAUAGCCCGGAGCUGGCUUGCUUCUGCCGACCAUGGAAGUGGUAUGCUGGUCAGGGAUUCUGCUUUGCAGCUGAAGCGGGAGAUUGAAGCAUGCGUCUUCUGUGUUAGAGGAGAUGCACGGGAACUGGGCGAUGAAGCAGAGGCUUACACGGACUACCUAUCAUGCGUAAUCCAAGGGCAGAGCCCAGCCUCCGCUUCGGCCAUUGCAGAUUUGGCAAUUGCAAUCUUUGCAUCGAGCCUGGGUGGGAUUGAAGCCUACGAGGGACAAGGUUACUCCUCCCUCCCGCGAGAGCAGCAGAUCUCCAACCUGGCUCUGGUCUGGCACCGUCCUGGGCACUUCGAAGCCGUCGUGGCCAGCGAUGGAGGCAAGGUGGGCAUCAACUUACGAGAGCUCAUCGAAAUUGCUCAGGGGCAGAACGUGGUUGCUGCCGUGGUCAAAAACUGA